GGUAGAUCUGAUAUUUGUGAUAUCAUGCAUGUGGGUAAGCAAAUAAAGUACGAGUCAGUCUCAGCCCGAACUUGGUGUUUGAUUAAUAUCCUUAACAUGGCGCAGCCGAAAUAAAAGAAUCUACAUUGAAAAUUGUUAAAGUAAUUGUGUUUUACGGUUCACGUAGUUAACUGUCUGUAUACGUGCUGUAGGAGAUACGAUUUGGUGACAAUUUGUGAAAGUAAUUGUGUUAACUAUAAUCAUGGACUCGAUUUUGCCACCGCCGCCGCCAUUUUUGUUCGUUAAUAGUUUAGAAAAUGUUACGACGGGAAAUUUAUCAAAAGAGUGGGAAAAAUGGAAGAACUCAUUUCUCAUUUAUUAUGAAGCAUGUGAGCUGUCGAAGAAAGACAAGAAAGUGCAAUUAAGCAUCCUUUUACAUAUCAUCGGCGAGCAGUGCCGGGAAGUGCAUGAGCAAUUUGAUAAAGCAUCGAUAACGACAUACUCGGAGUUAUUGGAUAAGUUUGACUCAUUUUUCCUACCUCAAAAGAAUCUAACUAUUGAGCGGCACAGAUUUUUUACUCGCGAUCAAAAGGAAGGCGAGUCUAUCGAACAAUAUUCGUUCGAGUUAAAAAAACUGGCGAGUUCGUGUGAAUUUAAAGACCUAAUGGAGACUUUAAUUCGGGACAGACUUAUUUGUGGAAUAAAGGACCACGCGAUUCGGGAAAGACUACUACGGGAACCAGAUUUAACUCUGAAGAAAUCAUUAGAUAUUUGUAAUGUUGCGCAAAUUUCGAAGGUACAGGCCGGAGCCAUAAAAAAAGAAUCUGUGGAGCAUCAUGCCUAUGCGGUACAACGAGAUUAUUUUGGGCAUCAAGGAGUAGUGCGGGAAACGGCUUGUGAAGAGAAUAGUGAUAUUAGUGAUGUAAAUCGGGUUGUUAUGGAUACUGGAGCUCAUGGACGGGUCCUGUAUACAUACUCCCACGAGUCCUACCGGUCCUACGAGAGAGGUUUCGAGGCACCAACGGUCGCGCAGCAGAGCCAGGCGACGGACGAGCAGUCGGGCACCACGGCGGUGGCGCAGCCGCACCAGUUUGUUGGCGCUCGCGUAGUCGCACCAGUCGGCGCGCACGCAGUCGCACCAGUCAGCGCGCGGAGACGUAUCAGCCGCUGCUCUCCGGUCGAAGACCAGCGUCGGCGGGGCGAGAGGCGCAGCCGACGCCAGAGCAGUCGACGGUCGCGCUGCCGUCGGAUGCGGAACCAACGGACGCUCAGCCGGGACUCCGGCACUCUGCAGAGCCACGUGAUCGGCUGCUCCGGGGCCGUCGAAGCACCGCCCGCGUAG